AUGCACGCGGUGACGUUUGCCCAUAACACUUCAGCAAACAGGACCACCGGGACAUCACCGCACGAACUGGUUUUCAAACAACAAGCGAGACGACCGGAAGCAUUCUUCUUACUUGAAGAUUCUGCCGGCUCAGAUGAAGAAUGGAGACCCGAAGACCUGAAACGGGGUGGAGUCGCAGCCUCAGGCUCGAUCUGA